GCUAGUGGUGUUCAGAUUGUCGACGCUGGUUACCUGAUUCUUGACUGAAUCUUCAACCUCUGACACUAUGUGCUACUACGGCAACUACUAUGGCCUAGGCUGUGGCUAUGGUGGCCUGGGCUAUGGCUGUGGCUAUGGUGGCCUGGGCUAUGGCUGUGGCUAUGGUCUGUAUGGAUACAGCAGCUACCCAUUCUGCUAUAGGAGAUACUGGAACUAUGGAUUCUACUGAGAAACUCCCACAGACACUUCCAGACUCCUCUCCCUGUGUUUCCUGACUCAAUCCUGGAUUCCUCAUUUUCUUAAAUAACAAUUGUUUCAUCUUAGACUACUUGUGGAGGAGAGAAUAGUUUAAAUUCAAACAUCCAUUGUCUCAAUUGAUUGUAAUCAUCUGUAAUGCCUUUCUUUAAAACAUUAUUUUUGGGACCAGUGCUGUGACGUAGUAGGUAAAGCCGUUGCCUGCAGAGCCAGCAUCCCAUAUGGAUCCCAUAUGGACCAGUUCAAGUCCUGACUGCUCCACUUCUGAUCCAGCUCUCUGCAAUGGCCUGAGAAAGCAGUGGAAGAUGGAUCAAGUCCUUGGGCCCCUACACCUUCAUGGGAGAACCAGAGGCAGCUCCUGGCUCCUGGUUUUAGCUAGACACGGCUCUGGCCCUUGCAGUCAAUUGGGGAGUGAACUAACAGAUGAAGACCUCUCUCUCUUAGCCUCUCUUUCUCUGUGUGUGUGUAAUUCUGACUUUCAAAUAAAUAAAUAAAUCUUAAAAAAAGAAAAUAAGUUUUUCUCUUCUUACUGUAUUAGAAUUACUUCUCUGCGUAUUACUGAAAUCAACAUCCUUGCUGUGAGAUAAAUUUUGUUGCAUUUUUCAAUAAAAUCUGUUGUAUGAACAAUCUUGCAUUUUUACUUUUGUCACAUUGUUACAUGCACAUGUGUGUAAGACACUGUUAUUUGACAAAAACAUUGCCUACAUGUUAUAAGUUGAUUUUUUAAGAAGACCUAAAUUGUUGUUUCUAAAUGAAACUUGCUUUUUAUAAACCUGCAAACACUGCAACCAUUCAUGUGAAAUCAUAAUAAAGCAUUAGCCCACAUGCUGAAUGUUUAAGUAAUAAAUCAAACCCCAAAUAAUACACCUAUUUGCCAUCAUCAU